CCCAUUGUGUAAUACACCAUUUUCACAAUGCGCUUCUCUGUCCCAAACUCAGUAUUUUGUAUAUCCUUAUUGCAUCUCCCAAAAGCAUGCAGCAAAUACUCGUAAUACACAGGCAGCAUAGUCUUGAUGGAGUCAGAGAGGAGGAAUGCCUGUGAUGUUUUGCCCCUUGGAGCAGGAGGGGUGCGGAGUUCACAGAACAGGGUGGUGAUGCUGUACGAGACACAAAUGCUUGUAUGGGAGGAGAAGUCACAGGAAAUGUCAGUAAUCUUUUGAGUGGGAUUGUUCUGAGGAAGCGAGUGUGUGACCAGUGAAAAAAGUCAGGUUUUAGCCUGAGAACAUUUUAUUCUGUGUGAAAACAUCACUAUUCACAGAUAAGUUGUGUGACUGGUUAUUUCUGUGUACGGUGAGAACUGAGGGGAAAUGUGGCGGUCUGACCAUGCUUCUCUCUCUUGUUCUGUCUUUGUACAUUUGAUCUAUUUUUUUUUCUCUCUCUCUUUUUUUUUACUUUUACAGUUCAACCUUUUUCCUGUUCCACUUAGUUGCUCCAACUCAAAAGUGAAAGAAAUGUGUGAGAUUUGCUGUGUGUCUGUGGAGGGCAUGGAUGUGUCGUAGUUUUAUUGAAAAUGUUUUUAGUCUCCGCUAGUCGUUGCAUCGUUAUUGUCCAGCAGUUCAGCUGAAAGCAGUAGUGUAUUGCUAAUGCUCAUCUUGACCACUUGUUCCACGUGAUGUUAUGUUGCAGGGAUGGCUGUGAAUGACCAAUCAAAUUAGGAGAGUAAAGUGACUCUAUGAGGAGGGGCUGUGACAUCAGUGUGUGUAUGUGGGACUGUGAGGCUGCAAACACCCUUGGUCUGUGUGAGAGAGAGAAAGAGGGAGACUGCAAAGGCAACUGUCAGCAAAAAUGAGGAUUAUUGUGUUUUUCCUGUGCUGGGUGGUCAGAACCGAAGCAGGCUGCCGUCUACAAGUCACGACAUACAUGCAAGUUACCAAAUACUCUGGAGAGUCUGUUCUCCUGCCCUGUUCCUGCCCUGUUCCUGCACUCCAGAAACAGGGUACCAGAUGGUCCAAAGAACAUGUGCCGAUUGGUCCCACUAAACCUGCAGACAGGAUUCAGAUGACUAAUCAGGAUUCCCCUGGAAAUCUCUCCCUGCUCAUAUCAGACCUGACUAAGGAGGAUGAGGGGAACUACAGAUGUCGAGGUCACCACAACAGCUACAGAGACUUCAGACUCACAGUUACAGGAUGCACUCUAAUGGAACAGGACACAACACAUGAGAUUAAGAGAAGCUCAGGAGAAUCUGCACUGCUGCCCUGCUCCUGUUCUUCUCUAAGUACCACACCUGAGAGUGUGAGAUGGCUGAGCACCAGCAGGAGUGGAUUAUAUACUGAAAUAUCCAACACAACUGGACCCUACAGAGGCAGAGUUCAGAUGUUAAACCGUCAUUCACCAGGAAACGUCUCUCUGCUCAUAUCAGACCUGAGUGAGAAGGACCAGGGAUUCUAUUCUUGUCGUAUUGAUGAACGCUCCCAAACACAUAUAUCCCUCCUGGUCAAAGACACUCGGAGUAACGGUGAAACCAAACCACCUUUCUACAUAUUCAUCAUUGCUGCUGUGCUCCUGUUGCUGCUGCUGCUGGGAGGAGCUCUGUUCCUAUACAUGAGACGCAAAGGUCAAAAAGGAGAAGGUACAAAAUCAGGACACAGGGAUAAGGAAGAGGAAAAGGACACCAGGGUGUACUGCAUCAGAAAGGACAGAUCCAAACAAGCAGAAAAGGAGGAUGAUGUGACCUACGCAACUGUAGUCCAUGUUACAAAACCCAGAGUAGUCCAAGUGGAGGUGGACACAGGUGACGGCACAGAAUAUGCCAGGAUCACAACCACAUGAGUCAUCACCCCCCCACAGACCACCACACUUUGUUCAUGUGAGCACAGUUUGAGUGUUUUUAGGUGAUCUAUGAGUGUUUUCAGUGUAAGAGUUUUUUAUUAUGCUCACAUUUAUAGUGUGCUUAACUAACUAGUCUUGCAAUUAUCACUUGGAGUUAUAAUGCUAUUCCUGAAUAUAAAGAUUUGAACAAUGCCUGUUAUUAUAAAUGCUAAUAAAUGUUAGCCUCUCUCUAAGCAGCAAUGAAAUGUUAGUUAUGCCUAUUAUGGGAAACCUCUUGCAUUGAUGCAUCAAUUAGGUCACUGUCAUCAAUAUGUCUGUCGUCUAUUUUCUGUAAAUGAGAAUGCAUCAUAAAUGUAUAUGUAGAU